CUCAUAUCGCGAAGGGUGGUCUGAAGCGUGCACGCGUUUACCGCGGCAAAAAUAAAUAAAUAAAAGUUUUGUAAACAGCGAGGAUCAUUUUCAUUUAUGUAAAGAUUUGAGUUGCCAAACUUUUAAAAGUUAAGAUGACGACGUUCAUAAGGAAAAUGUGGAAAAAUCGCUCCAAACAUAAAAAACUAGAAGAAUGGGCGCUAGCAGAAUGCGAGGGCGAGAGCUGGUGGCGCGAGGCACGGGAGUCAACUGGAAAAGAUGCCUCGGUGGACGUGCGAUACGCUGGCAUGGUGCCCGUCGAGAGGGCCGCCUCCGCGCCCGCUACCGCCAUCGCUGUCCGCUCCGCCUUGCACUCCGCCAAAACUCUAAAUAAAAAGUUGCAGCGAGUGAGCCUGGACAUUAGCUCAAAGGGCAUCGUGGUCACUGAUGCCGACACUCACGACAAUGUGCUCAGCAUAUCCAUCUACAGGAUCUCGUACUGCUCAGCAGACGCAGCUAACGCUCGAGUGUUCGCGGUGGUGGAGGGGCGCGGCUGCGAGCACGUCGCGCACGUGUUCACGUGCCCGCGCAGCCGGCACGCGCGCGCGCUCGCGCUGGCUCUUGCGCACGCUUUUAACGACGCCUAUCAGGCAUGGCAGAAUAACCACCAAGGCAGCUCCUUACAGCGCAACGACAAACGCUCAUCACCUUGGGAGCGGUUUCCUCAAGAGUCCGACGAAGAAGAAUUGGAAGACGAGCAGUGGCAGGCGCAGGCUCCUCUGGUCACUUUCGCGUGAACUCUCGAUAAGGAUUAGGGACAUACCUGUGCCAUCAACGGGCUAAAAUUGAUUGGGCUUUUAUCGUCUGUCAUUGUCGCCCUCACUAAGUGACACAAUAGACGAUAAAAGUGCAACCAUCAUACUGCCCCAUCCCCAUCACCCCCGACAGUCGUAACCGCGAUUGGAAAACUCAUUCAAUUGUUUACUGUAUUGUUGCGCGAUAAAUUCCAAAUUCAAAAUGAUUCUCCAAUCGUUGUUACGUCUGUUAUGGGUGGUAUGUACAGUACGGCAGCGAAUACGUAUAAAGCAUCUAUUCGACACACGCACAAAGGCGUUAAGGCAUACCUACUUAUCGGGCGUUUCCAAGUUUUUUCGAAGCAACUGGGAGAAGUGCGAUUUUAGAAGACUGUCAGAGGCUCAGAGGACGUAUCAAAUUGAAAUCUUCGCAAAGACUUAGGUAGCACGUGACAUUUAUUUAGAGAAAGGUUCUCAACUUAGUAAAAUAUGAUAGAUAUGUAACGCGCGUGUCGAAUACAUACCCAAAUUAAAAUGUAAGUACAAUUGCGGCUUUUCGUUUGCAAAAAAAAUAUAAAUACAAUGUAUAUUUAUGCCGAUAAAAUAAUAUUUUUGGCUCUUUGAAAUUCGUGGAACUGACGAUCCCUACUGCAAUGCGCGGUUUUAAAAGUACACUGACAAGAGCGUUUUCACAUUGUCCGAUCCGAUAUCGGAUGUCGGAAGAAAGUAAAAUGUAAAAUAUAUGUGUUUCUCUGUCUUUAUUUACGCAUGUAAUAGAUCAUUAUCACUAAAAAAAUAUAAAUAAUGCAAAAAGGCGGACUUAAUGUCAAUGGCACGCUCCUGUAGGCCCUGUAGCUGUUUUUCAUAGACGCCUUCCGACAUCCGAUAUCGGAUAUAAAUUCAGCCAUGUCGGAGCCCCCCGUCAGCUGUCGGACCGAUAGUAUAAUGCUUGUUGCGCCCGCGCGCGCCCCCGCGGCCUGACUUCGCGGAUGUCGGAUCCUACAUCCGACAUCGGAUCCGACAAUGUGAAAACGCUCUUAUGUGGGCAAAAGUUUUUAAAAUUUACAUAAUUACAGUGGUAAUUUGACAAUUUUUCGUAAACAGAGACGGAAGGUCUACCGAUGUUCAGUUAAGUGCGGUUGCUGUACAGCUCACAAAUAAAUAAUUUACAUAUAAUCCAUUUAGUAAGAAUGACAAGUGAUAAAUAUGUAGGUAAACGGCUUCAUACGACAAAUAAAACUACUAACAUAUGGUAUAAAUAACAAUAUGUUAGCAAUAACAAUACCUUUGUACCUCUAGAAGAACUAGUUACAUUCCAAAAACAUUCCUAAUAUUUUCAACCGGUAACAUGCUUCAUAAAAUAAUUUACGAUAAUAAUGAUAUUAUUAAG